GUCAGAGGUUAUUGUCGUACGUACAGCGUGGUGUAGGUAAAUGAACAUAGAAAUGAGAGAGAAAGCACGUGUAUAAUAUACGAUCUGUGGUACUGAGAUGGCAAAUCCGACUCUCAAAAGAUGCCUUCACAUGCUGAAAUCGGCAAAAUCGGACAAUGACAGGUUUGCUGCUCUUUUAAUGGUUACUAAAGUGGUCCGUGCUGAGGAAUGUGGUCCUGAUGACAGACACCAGCUCUUUGAGGCCGUGGGUUUCAAGUUUAUAAACAGGCUUCUAAAAACAAAGAAAUGUCCAGAAGAUUGCCCUGAGAAAAUGUUCAAGUCCCUGGGAGUGACAGUGCUAUCAUGUUUCUGCACAGAUCCCGCAAUGGUAACUCAUCCUCAGAUGUUGGUCAAUUUACCAGUUUUCUGUGAUCUGAUAUGUGUGUCAGAACCUGAAGAUGAAACUGAUAAGGGCAUUGUAGACAGUUGUUAUGAGUGCUUAACUGCCAUUGUGUUGACACCAGAGGGCAGAAGUAUAACUGGACAAGGCGAAACGGUUCCCAAGUUGUGCAGUGCAAUUGUAAAUGGCUGUUAUGGUGCUGAGAAGGCCUUUAACAUCCUCCUGAAUCUUCUGCACCAUGAUGGCUACAGGGUUUGGCAAAGGAACAUGGACAGUAUGAUGCAACUUCUGGAACACUCAGUCAAGGAAUUUGUCAGGGAAAAGGACAGUAAGAAGUUUGAAUGGUGUGAACAUUUAUAUGCAUUGGUGUCUACUUCAGGAAAGGGUACUUUAAACUCUGGAAAAUGGAGUGCAGCCAUUUUGGAAGAGUUAUCAAACAUUUUGCAGAGUAAGAUUGGUCAGCCUCAGAGAGAACCAGCAUUAAAGUUGUCCUCUGUGAUGGUAGACACUCUUGGAGUUCCUUGGGCUCUACAGCUUUCGCAGAGAGAGCGUGGAAGAAAAUUUCUUCUAGUCUUGAUCCAUCUUAUCUGCAUAGAGGUUAGAAUGGGAUUAGAAAACCAGAGCUUAGAAAAGGUUGAAGAAAAAUCAGAGCUUCUUACCUAUUGUUACAUGCUACUAGAGCAUAUUAUCAGUUAUAUGAUAGAGGGUCCUUCAUUAGAGUGGGAGGAGACCCAGAUCAAACAGGUGCACUCUGCCCUUGUGGGGGCCUUCAAUGCAGUUAUAUUCUACAUUCAAGAGAUGUCUUCUCAAGGAAUAGAUAAGCCAGCUGUGCCAUUGGUAUAUGCCUCAGUGAGAGUGCUGGGGGCCUGGUUGGCGGAGGAGACCUCUGCACUGAGGAAGGAUGUCUACAACUUACUGCCUUAUUUGAUAACUGUCAGUUGGCAGUCUUUUAAUAUAAUUAAAGAUCAAUCAGCACGAAUGAAGACAUUUAGUAAUCAUGGCAUCAAAAACAACACAGAAGGUUCUAGCAAGGCAAACAUUACAGACAGUGAAAAUACCAGUAGUGUUGAAGAACCAAUGGAAGUGGAAUCUCCGGAAUUGCAGGACUCCAAGACAUCUCAAAAAUCAGAACUAACAGAUACAUGUAGCCUGCAGCCUUACAAUAGCACAUGCUCUUUCUCAGAAAAUAUUGACUUGUUGAGAUUUUUAUUGCCAUGUUUAUGUCAUUUGACUGCAGAGGAUGAUCCUAGAAAAAUGAUUAUAGACCAUGAUGGACAUGUUCUGUUAGCAGAAUAUCUGAAUUUCCAGUGGACAAAGUUUAUUUCUGGGACUGACAGAGAUGCAGAGGUAGCACUGGCCACUCUUUGUGGAAUAUUCCUCAAUAUUACAGUGACGGAGCCCAUAUUAGCAACUGAACAUUCUGUCUUUAGAGAAAUUUCACAAUUCAUUGUAACCAACUUGCCAACACUUGUGUCUGAACACAAGAAGUAUGUAGUUCUCAUGGCUAAUGUUGAUGUUCUUGGACUUAUGCUGCUCAAACAUCAGGCAAAGCUCACAGAUCAGCAGGAGUCAGAAUUGAAAAAAUUCUUCACUGCAUCUUUGAAACUUCUGGGCAGCUCACACACACAUAAAGGAACCAAAGGGGGAAAGUAUGUGAUGAUGCUGAGUCAAGAUUUUAUGAAGGAUUGGGAUCAAAUAUCAGAGCUGUGGUUUCUAGGAAUGCAAGUGCUGGGAGCCUGUCUUUCACUGUAUCCAUGGUUACCUGGUGUGGUUGUAAACAGUGGGUGGCUGCAAUCUGUGAUGAAUCUUUUAUCCAGUUGUCAAGGUCAUGACCAUGAGGUGGUGAUGGCCUAUGGAUCUUUCCUCACUGAACUGGUGAGAGUAGACCACAAAACCAGGGACUCUAUUCUGGGACUGAAUGGUGAAGAAGUGGCGAGAAAAUAUGGCAUGGUGGACCUGGCAGACGUUCUUAAGUCUUGAACCAGUGAUAGGGGCAUGGAUGGCUAUUUAACUAUGUAAAAGCAUCAACAGAAGUGCCAAGCAUCUAUUCACUGAUUAAGAUAAAAUAAUCGCAGGUAGCAGUGCUUCUUCAUGGAUGCGUUUGGUGUCUUGAGAACUGGUGACACCUUCAGAGAGACAUUGCCUUUUAGCCCAGUAGUUAAGCAUACUGUCAGUGACUGCAAUACAGGCAUUUCUUGAGGUAUGCAGUUUACUCACUCAUGUGUCAUGGUUUUGCUAUAGCCAUUUCCUCUGACAACAUUGUGCAAAUGCGUACCAAAAAUGUCUGAGGCAAUCAUAAUCACGAUGUGCUCGUUCUAUGGUCUGGUGAAGUGGAGGGACUGCAUGUGCGUCAUUUCCGUUCAAAUUGGCCGGAUUCUAGCAGACGACCAGAUGCACAGUUCACAACAGCAGCAGCAGCAGAGUGAACUCUUGGCUUGUAACUAGUUCUUUGUCCUAUUUGAAUGACAUUUAGAAUUUACGUGAGCAGAGAUGUUAGGAUCUAUGCCUGGAAGGUGAAGGCAGGGGAGGCAGUUGUGCCCCAGUUGUGUGGCAGUUUGAGGUUUCUGAAAAGUAUUUUUAAUCCAAACAAAAUGUUAGCCUUUUCUUGCUCCCAGGCCAUCAAGUCUCUUAUUUUUUCUUCAGUAAGCACCUAGACUAGGCGUUAUAGAUAGGUCUUCAAUAGCUGCCUCCCCCCCCCAUUAUUCGAUAUAUAACUUUUCUUAGGUCUGCAAAACAACAUAUUAACCUUAGAGAAAGUCUAUAAUUGUACAUUGUGGAUUGACCCCAGAUUACAAAACGAAAAGAGCCUGUACAAUUUGUAAUUAAAAUGUCACUUCGUCAUGUAUAACAUGUUUGGAAUAAAAAUGAACUAGCAGGUUUAGAUGUGAUUUUUUAAACAGACUUAAGCGUGAGAGAAAGAGAGAGAG